AUGAUGAAUUGCAGGAAAAAAGUGAAGGGGGAGGGAGUGAUAGCAAGUGGUAAGGCAAAAGAGCCUUUGCCUGACAAGGGGAAGGCCGUAGUAGAGGGUGAGGUUGGGAAAGUGAAGGAUGAUGCUUUUGGGUGGAAAGUAGUGGAGAGGCAUGGGGAAGAUGAAAAUACAUAUGGAGUAUUGAACGACAUUUUGACUAAGGAGUACGAGGAGUUUUUUGGAGUUCAGAGGCAUGGAAACACUGGGAGGCCUAUCACUGCGAUUCUAGAUGAGGAUCCUAAAAAAGUAGGUUCUGUAGCACAUUCUUUUCCAGAUAAUCUGGUGAAGAAUGGUGGUAUAGAGGGGAUUGAGGUAUGUGAUGGUGAAAUUGAGGCUGUUUGUAGUGUUAAGAGUGUUGAAAAUUCUUCUCCUGUUUGUAUUGUUAAUGGUUCUCCUUCGAAGGGUUCUUCAUUUUUGUUGGAGCAUGGCUUUGUUAAAAAGAAGGGAAACAGGUUUGUUGUAGAUGAUGAUGGAGGUAUUCUUUGCCAGAAAAAGACUCCUGACAAGGGGUAUUUUUCUGAUCAAGAUAGUUCAAGUGGUGGGCGAAAUGCUGUGGAUACAAAUUAUUCAUUGUCAAUGGAGGAUCUAUGA